UCCACCUUAUCCUCUAAAACAUCCAGAGUCCUGGACACAAGUCCCCUAGAAGGAAACGAAACUGGAGAAAGAAAAAAAACAACGAAAGAACAAUCCCAUCCCAAGCAAUGGCAGCAAGGUGUGUUCUUUCUUCCCCAUCUUCCUUUGCUCAUCAGCCCCUCUGCAGCAACAAACUCAGCAAGAAGCUUCCUCCAUGGCUGCCAUCGCCAAGAGCCAUAGCUGUGAGAGUGAGUGCUGCAAAGCUGCCUCCAGGGGUUGAGGUGCCCAGGGUGCAGCCGAAGCUGAGCGAGCCCUUCUUGGGAUUCACCGAGACCGCCGAGAUAUGGAACUCCAGGGCCUGCAUGAUGGGCCUCAUCGGCACCUUCAUUGUGGAGCUGGUGCUAAACAAGGGGAUUCUUCAGAUGCUUGGAGUGGAAGUGGGCAAGGGUCUCGACAUUCCUCUUUAAUGGCCAUAAUUUUAAAUUCCUGGUGUAUGCUAGCCAAAAAGGGGAGAUUCCAGUUGUUAUCUAUUAAUAUCAUCACAGUUAUUUGGGAAGUUUCAGCAACUAUGUUUCCUGUUAAUCAUCUUGGCCUUGACUGUUAAUCCUUUCCGAUAUCAUAAAAGAAAAAUCCUUUCCGUGGA